ACUGCCCCAGCAUGACGGCAUUAGCUCACGGCUACUUCACCGGUUCCAACGCUUACCGGAGCGUGGUGACGUUUCACUGCCUGCCUGGAUUCGAACUUGUGGGGGAUGAAAGUCUGACUUGCCAAGCGGACAAGACGUGGAGCGGCCCCCUACCAACUUGCGAUGUUGUGAAAUGCCCCGCACAAGCGGCUCCCACCAACGGUGCCAAACACGGCGGCAACCUCUACAACGACGUGGUGACGUUCCUGUGCGUGACAGGGUAUCACCUGGUUGGGAGCUCCAGUGCCAGGUGCCAAGAAGACGGCUCAUGGACUGCGCCGACUCCAACAUGCCCAGGUGAAUUAUCAUGA